UAGCUGCCAGCCCUGGCCCAUCAUGUAGCUGCAGCACAGCCUUCCCUAACGUUGCAACUGGGGGAAAAAUCACUUUCCAGUCUGUUUUGUAAGGUGUGCAUUUCCAUCUUGAUUCCCUGAAAGUCCAUCUGCUGCAUCGGUCAAGAGAAACUCCACUUGCAUGAAGAUUGCACGCCUGCAGCUUGCAUCUUUGUUGCAAAACUAGCUACAGAAGAGAAGCAAGGCAAAGUCUUUUGUGCUCCCCUCCCCCAUCAAAGAAAAGGGGAAAAUGUCUCAGUCGAAAGGCAAGAAGCGAAACCCUGGCCUUAAAAUUCCAAAAGAAGCCUUUGAACAACCUCAGACCAGUUCCACGCCCCCUCGAGAUUUAGACUCCAAGGCUUGCAUUUCUAUUGGAAAUCAGAACUUUGAGGUGAAGGCUGAUGACCUGGAGCCUAUAAUGGAGCUGGGACGAGGUGCGUACGGGGUGGUGGAGAAGAUGCGGCACGUGCCCAGCGGGCAGAUCAUGGCGGUCAAGCGGAUCCGGGCAACAGUAAAUAGCCAGGAGCAAAAAAGGCUACUGAUGGAUUUGGAUAUUUCCAUGAGGACAGUGGACUGUCCUUUCACAGUCACCUUUUAUGGCGCACUCUUCCGGGAGGGAGAUGUGUGGAUCUGCAUGGAGCUCAUGGACACAUCAUUAGAUAAAUUCUACAAGCAAGUAAUUGAUAAAGGCCAGACAAUUCCGGAGGACAUCCUGGGGAAAAUAGCAGUGUCUAUUGUAAAGGCAUUAGAACAUUUACACAGUAAGCUCUCUGUCAUUCAUCGAGACGUCAAGCCUUCAAACGUGCUGAUCAAUAUUCUGGGCCAGGUGAAGAUGUGCGAUUUUGGAAUCAGUGGCUACCUUGUGGACUCUGUUGCUAAAACUAUUGACGCAGGAUGCAAACCGUAUAUGGCUCCUGAAAGAAUAAACCCAGAACUCAACCAGAAGGGAUACAGUGUGAAGUCUGACAUCUGGAGUCUGGGUAUCACAAUGAUUGAGUUGGCCAUCCUUCGGUUUCCCUAUGAUUCAUGGGGAACUCCCUUUCAGCAGCUCAAGCAGGUGGUAGAGGAACCAUCACCACAACUCCCGGCAGACAAGUUCUCAGCAGAGUUUGUCGACUUUACCUCACAGUGCUUGAAGAAGAAUUCCAAAGAACGGCCAACAUAUCCUGAGCUAAUGCAACAUCCAUUUUUCACCCUACACGAAUCCAAAGCAACAGAUGUGGCAUCUUUUGUAAAACUGAUUCUUGGAGACUAAAAAAAACACAAUGGACUCAAAUUGAUAGACCCUCCUGUGGAAUGGUGGGUUGAUGGGGUGAAGUGAGUUCACUAAAGCGCCAAUAGAAGCUCAUCAUUGAGAUAAUUAAACCCUGCCUCAUCGAAGGUUUUUUCCCUCCCAUUUCCUUUUUGUUUCCCCACAAAGGGGGUCUUGGAAUCUAUAGUAUAGAAUGAACUGUCUAGAUGGAUGAAAUAUGAUAAAGGCUUAGGACUUAAAAAGGUGAUUAAAUAUUUAAUGAUGUGUCAUAUGAGUCCUUAAGCUUCUGAGACUUCUCUUGUUCUUUGCAAAAUGAAUGCAUUGGCCUGGAAAAAGGUGCUACAGUAGUGAUGAAAUUGUAAGUAGAUUUGUAGUUUGUCCCACUUUUUAUUUUAAUAUUUAUGUUUUAAGCGCUUGGUUAAAAAGAUUCCAUUUUAUGCAAGGAGGAUGAUACAAAAGAGAAGUUUGGGUUGGCAAUAUUUAUAGGGCUUUUAUUUUUUUAAGUUCAGUCUUGCCUGUGGUUCAGGAGGAAUUAUUUAAUAUGCAUCUUUAAGAGUAUUAUAAAAAUAUCAAUAAGGAGCUCUUCUCGUGAAAUGUCUGUUCCAGCUGUCGUGGUUGCUGCCACCUUCCAAACUUCUGCUCAGUCCUGGGUAAUCACCACAUGUUUUAUGUGAAGUGGCAAAGUAUCCCAGUCACACUCUUUUUUUCUAACUUUGCAAAACAUGAAAACCACUUUGUCCCAGCUCAGAGUCACACAUUCGAUUCUCUUGGCGUCUGUGGUAUCAUAUUAAUGGAUUGUGAUUUGUGAAUGUGAUUUUAUAACUGUCUCUCUAUCUACCCAUCUGUGUGUAUGUGUGUGUGUGAUAAAUCACAAGUCUGGCCAAGUGGCGUCUGUGACCAUCUGUAUUUAGUAAGGAGGAUAUUUAUCAGUGUCUUGCGGGGAAAUAUGUUGUCAAACCAUGCAGAGAAUCGGUGCCUUCUUCUGCUUUUGUUCCUCCUACAAUAUAUAAGCCCCAAGGAAAGCUUUGUAGUUAAUGUACUGUUUGCUUCGUUUUAUGCUCUUGUUCAAUGAAGGGGCCUUAGGAUUAAUGGAAGGGCUGCAAAGAAGACGACUAAAAACAGAUAGUUUCUUUGACAAGUUUUAGAAACAAAAAGGAGAGGGUUGAAUUCAUUUCUAGGCAUAGACUUCCAAAUUUCUAUAGGCCACCUCCUUCUUCAGCAUAAUGCAGUAGCUAGCUCCACUGUAAGAGCAGGUUGACUUAGCAACAAAAGUUCUUUCCCAUGUCUAAAUACACCCACAGCUUCUCUGAUUUGGGCCUGUAGGUUCCUAGUCUAGGAUCAAGGAGUAAAGUGAUCCAUAGGGAAACUAUUGAUCUAUAAUCACCAAGGAACCACUGUUUUUGGACAUCGUGCUUAUACAAGGCUACUCUUGAAGUACAAAGAGAGAGGAUUUUUAUUUAAAAAAAUAAUAAUAGAGAAAAGAACACACUCUCUUUCUUUGGGUUUACGAUUUGGAGAGGAUCGUUCCCUUGAAUCCUUCUCUCCUUCUCCUUUUAAAUUUUGAAGUGCAGACCUAUUUUUAUCUCCCUUUCUUCUCCUCUUCGAUGUUGGCCUUUAGCUCAGGGUGGCCCCCCGGAGCCAGUGUUGCACUUCUUCACAUCCAGUUCCAAGAGAUACUUGUUUGAUUCAACAUCAGCUUCAUCCAUUCUGAAGCUACCGCUGUCCUCGUUUAUCCUGCUAGGAAAGGGGUAGUCUCCCAGUGAUUAUGGCCAUUCUCUCUUUCACCCACUUUCCUAAAUCUGGAAGCUUCUCCCUGUGAGACUAUGGGGGAAGAAAAUCACAGCUCUAUUCCUUGUUCUACUUACCCAUCUUACCAAAAACAUAAAGUGGUAGGGGAAAAAGUCCGGAGUCAUUCAUGAUGGCUGUAGGUGAACUAUGAAAAGUGAAAUCGUCUUUCCAGUCUGGAUCAGAUGCUGCUUGUUGCCCAGUGUGGUUUCUACUUCAAAACCUUCUUAACAAGGUGUGUGUUUCUCAUGUUCGCCUCUCUGAUCUGUGAGAGCCCAAGGCCUGACCUUACAAAACAAUCAUAGGUUCAUCAGGGUGGAGGAGGAGCUAGUCUGUAAACCUUGCUGCACGUUGGAAUCCCCUGGGAUGUGGGGUACACUCUCUGGCCCCCCGAGAUUUGGAUUUAAUUGGUCCAGGGUGGGGCCCAGGCAUUGGCAUUUUUUAGAAGCUCCUCAUGUGACUGCUGUGCGGCAGUGUGGGAAACUCUGGUCUAAAACCUCCUAAAGAGGUUUUAGAAUUGACUUAAAAUGACUUUCCCUUGAACAUACAUAGUAUAGUAAGAAUCCUACUUCUUUCCUUAUCCUCUCUAAGGGGACAUCUUUGCCACUAUCAGGGAAGAUAUGUUCCCAGGACAGUGAUUUGAAAUUUGAAAUGCCAAUUCCCUGUAGAAGCAAUAUUCUGCAUGGUGAUUAGGUAUCUCAGGUUUUAAAGUAGACCAGGUCGAUAAAAUUACUAGUCCAAAUUUUAGAACAUGGUUUUUUUCUUUGCAGAUCUCUACUGCAUAUUCUAACCAACCAACUUGAAAAUAAAUAUCUGAGAUAUGUAAACUAGAUAUAAGUUGGGACUCUCCUGUACAUAUAGACAGAUAUGUAUAUAUAGAGAAAUAGAUGGCCAUAUCCAGGGGUGAUACUCCAAACAUUUAAUGCUCUACCAGCAUGGACCAUCUGAAUAUCAGCCCUAUUUAUAUCUAUCGGUUUAUUGCAAACCAAUAUAUCUCUACAAAAGAGAUCAUGCUCUUUUUCCAAAUGUAUUUGAUUUGGUAUCAUCUAAUUGUGUCUGUAUUAUAAAUCAUCUUUAUAUUUGUAAAAAUGUCUGUAUGGUUGAUUUAAGAGGUGUGCCAAAAAAGUGAUGUGGAUGAUUUUUAAAACAAUUACCAUGUAUGUGUAUGUAUCAAUCAAUAGUGUCCUUCCAAGUAGCCAUCUUGAGAGAUUAUAUAUUUAUAUAAAUAAUGCUACUAAAAUACUUUUGCCACUUCUCUUUCAGAAAAGCCUUCAGAGUCCGUCCCCUCCUCCAUUCAUGUACCAUGUAGCAUCAUCAUUUUAGAGUUACUCCUCAGUUUAGUUUAAUUUUGUUUUUAUCAGAAACACCCUACCAGGUGUUUUCCUGUUCAGUUGACUCACCUUGUUUAUCAGACUCCGCACUAAGUUGUGUUUGGCAGUACAGAGAAGUUAAAUCUGCCCUCAGAAGUUAAAUUUGCCACCAUGGAAGCUUUGUAAAACAUCAUUUUAUGGGCUCUGAAGAUCAUUUCAAAUGAAGAUUUCCCCCAAAAGUUGUGUUUGUGUGUGUGUGUGUGUGUGUGUUUAAGCAAAGUCCACCUUGCUGGAAUAGGUGUGGAGUCUCCCAAAAUGGUGACCUUAAAGGUGUAAGAAUUCACACAGAUGUAUAUAUUUGUUCACAGAAUACCAACCAGAUAGUCCCAAAUGUCACACACGGCCUUCUGUUUGCCAUGCUUAAAGUCAAUGAGGCAGAGGAACCGACUGUGAUUUUAAAGACUAUAUUUAAUUCACACUGAUACAUACUCGGAACAAUUAUGUUAAGUAAGCAGCUUCUUUCUUGGUGAAACCAUUCUGAAAUCAAAAUGCAUAUGUGUGAGUAUAGCUCAAAAUUAUGUGUAGUCUAUGGUACUUGCAUAUUCUUUGAGCCUAAGAAAAAAAUCUUACGUGUCAUAGAUUCCCUAAGUUUCUCCGUUCAUGCUAUUAGUGGUCUUUAGUAAUUUUUUCAUGGUGCCCCUCAGCCAAUUCUGUUGAUCAAGUAGUUAGGCCCAAACAACUUAAUUGUAGUAGUUUACACAAUGUCCAAUAUAUGUUGCUGUGUUUCCAUUGAAAGGUAAAGAACCCAUGAGUUUGUUGCGGCACCCCAGGUUGCCUUGGCACACAGUUUGGAAAUCAUUAAUAUAUGUUAUCCUGAUGUUUGUGCUGCUUACAGUUGGUGACCCUCAAGAUGGCAUUCUUGGUAACUCAACUGUCCAUAUCACUUCAUUCUUUAGUUUCUUUGUUGUUACUAUUUAUCGCCUGUCUCUUGCUGAUGAGCUUUUUAAUUGAGGUCCUACCCUCCUCGGCUGCUGGUCUGUUCUGCGUUGACAGAUGUUUUAAUCUGGAGGUUGGACCAGCUCAUGGAUCCCAGCACACAGACUAAAGGGGCUCCUGGUUUCCUCAAAUGCACUCGUUUUAGUAUCUUUGGCAUAGAAUUACAGAGGAGGCAGAGAGGGGCUAAUAGUUUUCUAUUUUAACACUAAAAAUGUCUUUGUUGACCAAGAGGCUUCGUUAGCUCUGCUCAGAGAAACGAUUCCAUUUCUCAGACAAGUUGAAGGUGUCUUACAAAAUACUUUAUCUUUAGCAUGAAAGGGCAAAGGAUGCAUAGUUCCUAAUUUUCCACUCAGAUCCUUUUGUGACUGUGCAGCUCCCUUUGCUGCUGAAGGUAAAAUACAUAAAUUCAUAGAACUGAUCAGAACCCGUGGUAGCUAGUGAUUUUGCCUUCUCAACAUCCAUGAUCUAUGAUUUUAAGGGGGAUUUGCUGGCUUAAAGGUGUUUUCCACUUUAUCAAAUUAGCAAGUGAAAUGUAUUACAAUAAAUGUCACUUUCAAAAGACUUAUUUUUUUUUUUUUUUUACUUUUCAAAUGAAGGUGCAGUUUUCAAUUGGAACCCUGAAACUUUAUGUAUUCAGAUAAAAAAAAAAAAAAUGCCAGAGUAAAAUCUGAGAAGAGCAAGCCACUAAAUCUGAUAAAAUAUAUAAAGGGUACUUUAAUCUAGUUGGUCAUGUUUCUCUUGUCUUGUCUAGGGAUAUGUUUGUGUAUGUGUGUAUGUGUGUGUGUGUGUAUGCACAAGCAUGUUUUAGCCCUACUAAAUGAGCUGGCAGCUAACAAUGCUUUUUGAGUUUUAAUUGGGAUGCUCAGGAUCCCUACGGAAAUCUAAAAAAGCUAGGACGUAUUCCCUAGCAAAAUGUACAUUGACAUGGAACAUGUAAUUUUGGAAACGUUUUUUUUUGUUAAGGUGAGGGUGUCCAGUUUAUAGACUCUGUAGGUUCAAUAACCUCUACUUUGUAGACUGUGGACUGUGAUAUCCUAGACCAGGAGUUGGCACACUUUUCCUGUAAAUGGGCAGAGUAAAUAUUUUUGGCACUGUUGUCCAUAUUGUCUCUGUUACAACUCAGUUCUGCUGUUAUAGUGUGAAAGCGUCCAUAAGUAAUAUGGAAGUGAAUGGGCAUGGUGGCUGUGUUCCAAUAAAACUUUAUUUACAAAAUCAGGAAAUGGGCUGGAUUUGGUCCACAGGCCAUAGUUUGCCAACUCCUGUCCUAGACUGUCAAAUAUAAAACUCCAUUGGAUUAACUAUGUCCGUAGAAUUCUUCCAUUUAGUGAAAAUUAGCUCAGCUUCUACUGAGGCAGAUUAGGAAGACAGAUACAGGAAAAUGAAUUCAGAGAGGAUGGGCACUCUUCAGUCUGGUGAAAGUUGUCCCCCUAAUUCUUCAGGUUAAGUUGUAACUGCUCUGGAAGCCAAUGGAACAGUUUGCUUCUGACUGGACUGAAUAUAUAUCUUUUCCGUUUCUGUGCAAUAACCAACAUCGCAUUUCAUCUUGGAAAUAAAAGGCACCCUUCUCUUAGACGUUAACUAGUUAAUUGUAUCUUCGGCUCGUAUCUUCUUUGUAUUUCCUUUUUCUCCUGGGGUGACUCCCAGGCAAGAGGAAUUGGAAGCUCAGACACCAAUCUUUUAGUAGUCAUUUGUUUUCUUUUCCCUGGACUUGUAUCAAGUAUUUGGGAACUUGUGAGGCCAAACUUACCUCAGAAGGAGAAGGCAGAUAGCAUCCCCUUCAUCCGUUUGGUCAUCUUUUAAAAAAGUCAGAAAAAGUAAUUUGGGACCAAAGUACUUCCUCUGGGUAGAUUUGGUUCACCAAGCUCCCCCCAUCACAGCUGCCCCUUAAGCAUUUGUCUCUGGACGUGGGGGAGGAGGUGUGCACAGGCCACUUUACCUCAGGCCUCUUUUAAGCCUCAUUAAAUUUCCGUUUCAAAGGGCUGAUGCCAAACGCCUUCUUUUUGUUGCAGUUACCUUGGGCUGCUAGUUGUGGUUGAAUUUCUGGGCUCAAAAGCCUCUAUUGAAAGUCUUGCCUUCUCUGUGGAGUCUGAACAACUGGAUAAUUUCUUUUGCUUUCUGUCAGCACAUGCACCCUCUUUGCUGUACACAAUGCCAUACAAAUAACUGUCUUCCGCAGUUACCUAAGCUUUCUCCUCUUUUUUCCUUCCAGAAAAAUAGAACACAUCUUAGUUAAGCGAUAGUCACUAUUUUUUCAGUAACAUUUUCCCCUACUACAGCAUCAGGAAAACAUAAAUUACACUUAGAAUGACACCUGGAAAUCCCUAAAGAGGGCAUAUUUAAGUAUCUGAUCUGGCAAUUUACCUAAAAGAAUGUUUUCUCUUCACCUAGGGAAACAAAACCUGAAUACCAGAGCCUCCAUAAUGAAAUUAUCCUUCCAGGGAAGCACGUUACCACCAAAUAACGUCCCUCACCACCCGUUCCUGGUGUCUGCAAAGAAGAUGUGUAAUUUUUCUGAGGUUAGAGAGUCACUGUUUACAGCUAUGCAAACGUAACUGUUCCAAUUACAGUUCUAAUGGAGUAGUUUGGAAUUACGGCUUAAGCUUGGAGUUAUGUUUCCAAUUCCUGACCCAAAUUCCUUUUUCAAGCAGAAUUCUUCAAAAAACCUCUUUUCUGAGGUGAGUUUCUAAGUAGCAUUUACAAGUUCCCUGCCUAGUUCCCCUGCUAAGAAAUGGGGCCUUUCAGUAUCUUGACAUCAUUUGUACUGUCAUUUGAACUUGGAUUUCCGGCCCUUUGUUCUUGGGAGUUGUCAGUUAGAUUCCAGGAGACUUGCGUCCUUUCUUCCUUACAUUUACCAAUAUGGACAGAUUUCUUUGUGGCAGUUAAUGUUGAUGUGUGUAGGUUUUCCCCAGGUUGCAUUCUGCAUUUCUGAGAUUCAGGAUCCCUUUCUGAGAAUGAGGCUAAAGCUCUCAGGGCUUGGAUAUCAGGGUCUGCGAGAGCACAGGCAAGUUCAGGCACUUCCGUGUGACUUAAUGCAUGAAAUAGAACUUUCUAAGUAAUCCCUGGAGUUUGUGCUUAGACCAGGCCAUCCACAGUCCUUUCUGUUUUCUCUUGUUGUGUUUGCUUGUUACUAUUCCUCCAUCAGCACAGUGACCUGGGCAGACUUAACUCUUGUGGAGAGGAACUCACCUAGCCCUUUUGCUGAUCAGAUAUCAAAAUCAACAAUUCUGCCUCAGUCUGCCUAAAUGAACUCUCUCGUUCCCCAUUCUUGGAAGUGUAAGGGGCGUCUAAGGGCACUUCUACAAAACUUCUCUUCAGAAAGUAAGAACUCUUUGCCCUUUAAACAAGAGCAGUUAGGUCGUGUAUCUGUUCCCCUUAGGUAACACUGUACUGUGGCCAGAAGGUAGCUGUUAGCGUCACGUGAUCACUACAGACAUUUAUAUUUGAAUCUGCGUGCUUUUUAAACCAAACAAGUCAGGCCAUUGUCAUCGGGCCGACCAGUGAUAUGAAAUCGUGCUGCGGGCUGGGAGAAAAGAUGAAUGCAGAGAACGAUGCCAAAUUUGUAAACCCCUGGAAUAGCAAGCUAAUACAAGAAGCUGGCAGACAGGUACCUCCUUUAACUUAUUUACAGUAUUACUACAGAGUUGAUCUCUUAAGGGAAAAAUCCAUCAAAAAGCCAAAACUGUGUUAUUAUUUUUCUUUAAAAAUACCGAAGAUAGAAGAAAAUUCAGAGAGGGGUAUUACGGUGGAUAUCAGAAAAUUUUCCCUAGUGUUAUUGACUCUAAAGACUCAUCAUUUAAAAUGGAUCCCACCUAGGAAAAAAGGUAAAUAGUUAGAAGGGUGAUAAGAUAGUUGAGGAAAAGAAAGAAAAACAUUAAAAGGCAUUUACAACUGAUCCGUCUGUACCUUCUGGGUAAAGAAAUACAAAUUCAAAAACGGGCCCCUUGACCUUGAAGAGAAUGGUGGACACCCAGGUGAUUAUUGGAGGAGCAUAAUUUUUCCACAAUACAAAGAACUGUGAUUUUUCUUGGAAAUACACUACAGGUCUACACCAGAAGAGCCAGAAGUUACUAUUUUAAAAUAUAACACUCAAAGCCAGUCUGAAUUUUCAGUAGCAGCGAAUCGUGGGGGAGAAAUAGUUGCUUUCUUUUGUUCUCAUCUUUUCCAGGUCACCUGUCUGAGUGUCUGUUCAGUAGGUGGGGAGGUAAGAGUUGAGGCUACAGUUGUGCUUUGCAGACAAAGUUCACCAAUAUGCCUGAGGGUUACUUGUCAGGAAUGGAAAGGAAUGUUAGUGUGAGGAUCAGCCCUUCCCACCCAACCCUCCGUCAACCACUAGUCUUAAUGUUUGGCCAUGGUUCCCUUCAACUCAAAGUCUCUGUGGCUAUUAGAGGCUUGAGAGCUUUGGAUGCCGUGACAACACGAGGACCCUAAACACCCCAAGAAUCCUGGAAACUUUGUAGCCAACCACAUCAGUAAGACCCAGGCUUUUGCUCUAUUGACUAGCCUAACAGCUAGGGGAGAUGGGAAGUUGAGAAGAGACCCAUUUAUUUUAAUUUUUAAGUGUGAAUCAUUUGAAAGAAAAUGUACCAAAUCAGUACAUGGUGGGCAAACUAUGCAGAGCCUUCAACUGGUUAUUUUUUUAAAGUGGUUGGGAUUGACCUGAUCUUCGUUCACCCGUUUGGUGAUGAAGGAUGGCAGGGGCUGAGCUCUUGCUGGUUGGUGGAAUUUCUUCAUUUCUCUGCUUGCAGAGGCAGGAAUUUGUUGUGAUGUUUGUUGGCUGACCCAUAGGAAAAAGUGAAGCUCUUCCAACAGUUUUGACACACAGAAGUGUACUGUCUGACUCAAGCUUCAGAGCUCCCAUUGCUGGGUUUUUCACAGGUACAGGUAGGAGGGACUAGUAAAGGGAGAGGACUGAUGCUGUUGCUGCAAAACGCAGUGGUGUAUCUCUGAGAAUUGGGCACACAAAGGAAUGCUUCAGCCACGGAAUCGUUUCAGGUGUCUUCUGUCCACACAUAAAGAGGCUAUGGUGAAUUCCAGCAGUUGGAUGUUUGCUGUUAAACCAAAUUUAACAGCUGGGGCUUCACAACACUCAUUUUAGAACACUGUGUCAAAUUAUGUUCAGCAACAUUUUGUGGUGUUCUUGGCUAAUCUCUGGGUAAAAGUCAUCUGAGGAGGUUCCAUUAAGAUGUGGACAGUGUCUCUCUUUCAUCACACCUGUGUUGGAUUUAUUCUUUAGUCUCAAUUUUCUGAGCGGAGUGAUUUUCUAUAUGAACUGAAAUGAUGUUUUAAUAGAAUAGUAAGUAUUUUUAGAGGAAAAGUGUUUUUUUAAUAUAAGUAAUUUACACAGAGCAUAUUUCCUACUCUACAGAAUCCUCAAAUUGGAUCACUUAAGACUAAAAGAGAUGCUGGGGAUCUAGUUUAAAUUCUUUAUUUAAAUACAUGCACAUUUUUUUCUAUAUAUUUUGUGAAAAUCUUGAUGAAACUCUAGGUAUCACACUUCCAUAUGGAUCUGAACUUUAUUUUAGUAAAAUAGAUGGCUUACCCCAGCUUCCUUUGUGUUUCAGCCUCAGAACUGAAAAUGCUGCUUCCAUUGAUUAAUCCUGUCUUUAUAAGGAAAAAAACAAACACUUCUUUUCUUAGAUUCUGUGAAUUUUGUUGAAGACACAUUUUACUUGUACAUAUGAUUGAUUGUUUUCCUAUGUUGAACCUCGAAUUUACUUGUAACCAUGUUUGUUGUUUUAAAAAAAUGCUUUGGGGCAGGUGGCAACGAGCCUGCUCUUUACAGUCCCGAGGUCCUGGGGUGAAGUAACUCCACGUGCUGGCUGGGAUCCCGGAUUCCUCCUCCCUGCACAUGGCAUAUUCUGAAAAGAGAUCAGAGAGGUCUCCUUCUGGACCUGUCUCCAAUACUGUUAAGUUUAGCAGGAGACUUUGAAGCCCUGGAGGGUUUGAAAUGGGAGGGAGGGUGAGUGCUGUUUCCUGGAUUCCCUCCUGGACGUCCUCGUCUUUUCUGCUCCACGUAGCGUGCUGCCGGCUUUCCCUGGCGGAAGCCAUCUCUUCAGGAGCUGCUGUAUUUUUUCUUUAUGAAUGAGGCAGGCUGAACGGUAGAGUACGGAAUUCAUUAGAAGUCCAUAAAGGAGGGACCUCGGAAGGAAGUGGGUGGCAUGUUUCCAUGCAUCUGAGGUGAAUGUUAAAUUAAGUUUGGGUCCUGGGAAUGUUGCUUGUCAGCUGCAGAAGGAAAGAAGGAAUUGUGGUAUAUACUGCACUUUCUGUUUUCCUAUGUGGAGAUGUGUGGAGCAGCUUCCUUAAAGCAAAAGCAUGCACCAUCACUGUAUGGGGAAAGGGAAAUUCUGAAUAUCACAUGAUAACGCCAAUAAAGCCCCAAAGGGUUGUACUUAAAACACCUGUUUAAUGGGGAAGCCCACCUUGUUGUCUUUCUCUAUUGACUUUAGUGCCCCUCAGGUAAUUUCAUUUUAGUCUAGCUUUCCUAUUCUCCAGGUUGUGUGAGUGUGUGUGUUUGAACUACUGUUUAUCAUAAUUGGUCAUGUUAUCUCAGAAUCCUGAAAUUAGGGAGAUAGCUUAUGUGUGGGACUUACGGCAGAUCCAAACACCAAGGUUGAUGUAGGUUAAGUUAUAAUACAGUUUCCAGAAAUAUACUGGAAUGAGGGAUAAUGUGGCUUUAACGAAGUCAUGUUUGUUUUUUAACAUUUGGAAAAGCCACCUAUCCUGAAUCCCUAUUCUAGAAAAAUUCACCUUUUCAUGCAAAUGCCAUUGAUAGGGCCUACUCAGUAGCUUGGGUGAUUGGUAUCUGUCAAUUCAUAAACAAGGAAUUAUAAAACUUGCCAAAGGUGGGGGUAAUUUUGCCUUAUAACAUAUUGCUCAUUCUGUGGUGAAAUUUCCAGUUACAGUAUCUUGUAAAAAGUAUAACUUUAUAAUUGCCUUCCUCCUUUCUCUUCUGAAAGCACAGUAAAGGGAGAGCAAGGUUCUUAUGUGCUACGAAAUGUUUAAUAUUUCUUUGAACUGUUGUUUUUGACCAAGGAAAUGGAUGAGAUGUUGAACCAAGUGGUAGUUAAAGAGUAGUUACCUCUUGGCUCCCCUCUUGUCACUUCAAAAAGAAAAUGAAAUUGGGAGAUUAAGUCAAACUUGAACUCCUCCACUGAUGAGGAGCUUUCACGUUGGUUUCCCAUCUCAGGAACUUCUUCAGUUUCACACUGCCGCUGACGAGGAAGGAACGAGCUGCAGACACCAUAACUGGUUUGGGGAUGUUUGUGAGUGUGUAUGUAAAACCUCACAUUAUGUGUUGUGUUCAAUGUUGUGUUAAUCUAUGAACUGAUUCAAACAACAAUUUGAAGAUAGAGAAGACAGCAAGAAUGGGGAAAAAAAAUCAAAACAACAAUAAAAAAACACCCAACCAUCUUUUUUCUGUCAAAGUACUUGCUAUGAAUUUCAUAACUAGACUUGACAGGUAACAUUGAGUAUUCAGGGGCACCAUGUCCUUGAAAGCAACGGUGUGUUGAUCUCAUGAGAAAAUGUACAACCAAUAAAAGACAUUUUAAAAAGUGCA